CCGAACAUAACAAACACUACUGAGUGCGGUAUCGGUCGUGAGUCGCAACUUAUGAACGACCGGUGCUUUGAAUGGCAUACCAGUCGUGAUUUGAUGUCUUCAUCUAUAGUCAACGGUAGAGAAGCAAAGAGGGCUGAGUUUCCAUACAUUGUGUACAUCGAGAGAUGGGACAGAAAGGAUACGAACGGGAAGAUCGAGGAAAAGAAAAUGGGUCACUGUACGGGAAGUGUUAUUAACGAGAACUGGAUAUUAACGGCAGCCCAUUGUUUCAAAAGUUAUCAAAUCAUAUGUAAUGACGUUUGCUUUUAUAAGGUAUACGCGGGUAUUAUAGAUAUAACACAACCGGGCAUUGAUUACGGACACCAAUUGAUUAUUCUUCACCCAAACUAUACAUAUCAUAACUUUCUUCACUUUGAAUAUGAUAUCGCGUUAAUCAAAGUUAAGACACCAAUGAGUUUCAGUGCAAACAGUGGUUACUAUCGGCAGAUAAACAGUAUUUGUUUGCCUCCUAUUGAUUACUACAACACCGGCAAUGAAUACGCAGUGAUAGCUGGUUUCGGUAAAAUUAAUGGGGCAUACAAUGUCAAUAGAUUGAUGAUGGGUUGGAAUCGUAUACCACCCCAACAGUCAAACAGUCUAACAAUUGUUGUUAACACUCAAUAUCCAUAUCCCGGUGGAGCGUAUAUAUGUUUUGGUGAUUCUGGUGGUCCUUUAAUUCAGUAUAUCAAUGGUAGAGCUGUGUUAAUAGGUGUGACCAGUAGAAUGGGUAAUAUGAAUCUAAUCUAUUGUUCCCCAUAUGAUGCUACCAAACCUGUAGAGUCAACUUAUGUGAGAGUGUCCGACAAAAUCAAUUGGAUUCUAACGCAAAUCAAUACAAACUAA